CGACACAAACAGUUGCGUCGCCGACUGACUCGUCAUGCUGGAUACAAUUCUGCAUGGCGGUGGAGGUUAGGUCGAGACGGUUGUUGCGAUCCGGACUGCUUUCUUUUCUUUUUCUUUUCCUUCUUUGCUUUUUCUGCCUUUCUGGUAUGCUCAGGGCUUGACCAGGCUCUGGGAGAUGGAAAUAUGCUUCACCGUGACGGCUUGGCGCGGCCUGUGGCUGUUUCUUUCUUUGUUCUUGUUCUUGUUCCUGGUUUUGCGCUCGACUUGUCCGUCACUCAGGGUGAAAGUGGUAAUGGUAGAUAGAGAAGACAAUCACCGGGUCUCACUCAACAAGCUUCUGUCAUAUCCAGCAGGCCGAAAUAUUUACCGCCGACGUCGGGAUUUCUCCGGAUCCGAAGCUCACAUACCUGUCUUCGUGAUGAGGCACUGGCAGAACCAAUGGCUGGACCUACAUAUCUUGGGCUUGGGCUUGGUCACCGGACUGAGAUCGCACACCGACAUUCAGAUCCUAGCUGCCGAGGAAGUGCAAGCUCACCGUCUGUCGAGGAUGUUGACGAGGGGGUGUCCUCGUUCUUGUCAUCUGAUACCUCUUUCAUGCAGCCCGAGAAAUGACAAGGCGGUUGGAAUCCUGGAUAUGCAUGAGCACCAUGUCUAUCGGGAGACUGACAACGGUGCUACAGCCGGGUAAUUAUCAGAUCUUUACCUUGGGAAACCCCGACUCAAUUGAUGAUCUGAUUGCUAUCGGAUGUCAGUAAAGCGAAACCCAUGGUUGAAGCGAAAUGUCGAGGGCCUUGGGUCUUCGCGUCGUGGACCUUGUGUGUCUCUAGGUAUGAUCU